CACUUCAUUCAUUUCAUUCCGCGCAGGCGCUAGAUUGUGACGUGACGUAAUUGUUCAUUCAUACUUUUUGUUCAUUUCAUUGAGUGAAAAGGUUUUGAAUAACAUUGGCGUUUGCCUGAAAUGAAAUAGUAAUUCGAAUUUAUUAGUGUGUUUUCAGCAUUAUUGCUAUAAAUGUGUGACUGUGAAUAAACCCUGGGUGUAGUGCAUUGCAGCAUGAUGUGAUUCAUCAACAUUAGCCCUUGCUCAAGUUUGUGUGGAUACUUUAACCAAAUGGAUUUUGUGUUCUUGUAAAACUCAAAAUGUGUGUGUUGAUUUUAACUGUUCAGCCUACCAGUUGAAAACAGGCUUUGUGGAUUAUUACGACACUCCGGAAGUGGCGGGACAAGCCGGCCUAGGAAAGAGAUAACAGCGGAUGAAAGAGAUAAACAGUUAUGGAUUUAACAUGGCGGACGAUACGCGUAAAGUGCGAGUUGAAGAGCGAUUGAAAAUAAAGAUCGGUGAAGCGAAGAACCUGCCGGCGCGCAGCCAUGGCUCGCCGUGCCACCGCGACACGUACUGCGUGCUGUCGCUCGACCAGGAGGAGAUCUUCCGCACCUCCACCAUGGAGCGCACCCUCAAUCCAUUCUUCGGAGAGGAGUUCAACUUCGAGGUGCCCCGGCGAUUCCGCUACCUCUCCAUAUACGUGUUCGACCGCGACAAGCACCUCAAGCAGGACAAGGUGCUCGGCAAGGUGGCCAUCAAGCGCGAGGACCUGCAGAAGUACAACAACAAGGACCACUGGUUCGCGCUGCGGCCCGUGGACGCCGACUCCGAGGUGCAGGGCAAGGCCUUCAUCGAGCUCACCCUCGAGGACUCCCGCAAGCGCCUGCGCGUGGAGCCCAAGCCGCCCGACCCCGACCCCGGCGACCCCGCGCGCCGCCCCAACAACCUCGUGCGCCUCUCCGAGUACUGCAAGGAGAGCAUCCGCUUCGGCUCGCACUCCACCUCCACCGGCAAGAAGCUGCUGAGCCCCGCGGCCGAGCCCGCGCCCGCGCUGUCCCGCUCCGAGAGCCUGAAGGACCGCGCGGCGUGGGCGGCGCGCAGCAAGCCGCCGCCGCACGCGCACGCCGAGGACGCGGGCCCGCCCGGCGCCGCCGACUACUGGUCCGACCCCGAGCGGCACUGCGCCGCGCGCGCCGGCCCGGACACGCUGCGCCUGCGCGUACUCGAGUGCUCCGAGCUCACCACCAAGAACGGCCAGUGCGACCCCUUCGCGCUCAUCACGCUGCUCUACUCCAAUGGCCGAAGAGAGGAGCGGCGGACGAAGCCCAGAAAAAAGACGGUGAAUCCUCAGUUCGACGAGAUCUUCUGCUUCGACCUGGUGUCGGAGGAGUCGCGCGAGCGCGGCGGCGCGGCGGGCGUGGCGUGCGAGGCGCGCGUGUCCGUGUGGCACGACGCCGCCGCGCCCGUGUUCCUGGGCGAGGUGCGCCUGCAGCUGCGCCAGACCUCGCCCGCGCCGCUACGAGCAUGGUACUUCCUGACGUCCCGCGCGGGUGGCGCGCUCUCCCGCGGGGCCACGCCGCCCGGCACGCGCCUCUCCGCCGCCGGCGCCGCCACGCUCGGCUCGCUGCGGCUGCUGCUGCAGUACACGGUGGACCACGUGUUCCCGCUGAACCACUAUAGGCAGCUGGAGGAGCUGUUCCUGAAGAGUGUGCAGCAGAAGCCAAUCACAACGUCAGCUGUGUACAUCCUGGGCGAGAUAGCGUCGAGCAAGACGGACGCGGCGCAGCCCCUGGUGCGGCUGUUCACGCACCACGAUCUCAUUGUGCCCGUCGUCAAGGAGCUGGCCGAUGCCGAGAUCUCCGUGCUCACUGACGCAACGACAAUCUUCCGCGGCAACACGCUGGUCUCCAAGAUGAUGGACGAGGCGAUGCGGCUCACCGGCGCGGCGUACCUUCGGUCCGUGCUACGACCUACGUUAGCUGCGGUGUUGGCGGAGCGGAGGCCCUGUGAGAUUGAUCCCGCCAGGGUGAAGCCUGCCGCCGCUGUGACGACGAAUUUGGCGAAUUUGAAGGACUAUGUGGAGCGGGUGUUCGGAGCAAUAACCAAGUCCUACGCGUCGUGCCCGACCCAGAUGUGCCGCCUGUUCGACGCGCUGCGGCAGUGCGCCGCGCGGCACUUCCCGCGCAACGCCGAGGUGCGCUACUCGGUGGUCUCCGGGUUCAUCUUCCUGCGGUUCUUCGCGCCCGCCAUCCUCGGGCCCCGGCUGUUCGAUCUCACCACUGAACAGAUUGACCCCCAAACGAACAGAACGCUGACCCUGAUCUCGAAGACGAUCCAGUCGCUGGGCAACCUGGUGAGCAGCCGCUCGGCGCAGCAGGUGUGCAAGGAGGAGUACAUGGCGGAGCUGUACCGCAGCUUCUGCACGCCCAGACAUGUGCAAGCAAUAAAGCAGUUUCUAGAAAUAAUCUCAACGAGCACGGACACGCAACACAACAACAUUCAGGAAACGCCGGUGCUGCUCAAGGAAGGGACGAUGAUCAAGCGGUCGGAGGGCGUCCGCAGCGGCGGCGGCUCCCCGCGCCGGCGCUGGACGCGCGCCGCGCACACGCACGCCAAGCGGAGACACUUCAAACUUACCAGUGGCGAGUUGACGUGGUCGCGGUGCGGCGCGAAGCAGCCGGCGCACCGGCUGGCGCUGUCGGGCGUGCUGGCCGUGGCCGCCGUGGACCACCCGCCCGCCGGCGCGCCGCUCGGCGCCAACAACAUCUUCCAGAUCGUGCACCAAGAGCGCGUGUUAUUCGUGCAGGCGCACAACUGCGUGGAGCGAGCCGAGUGGGUGCGCCUGCUGAGCGCGCUGUGCCGCCUCGCGCCCGCGCCGCGCCACCGCGCCCACUACCAGCACACGCACUGGACCUGCUGCAACAAGACGGACCCGGCGGCGGACGGCUGCUGCUCGUCGUCGCUGGACUGCCCGCCCCCCGCGCCCGCCUCGCCCUCCCCCCCUGCCUCCCCCCCCGCGCCCGCCACGCUGGCGCUGCGGCUGGACCCGGCGCGCGACCUGCAGCGGCUGCACGCGCUGCUGGUGGCGCACUCGCAGAGACUGGACGAGAGGCUGCAUCUGCACGACGGCAACAUAGAGGAGCGGGAGGCGGAGGCGGCGACGCUGCGCGAGCUGCAGGAGGCCAUGUUCGACCUGGAACACCGCCACCGCAUCUACAACCGCUCGCUCGCGAGGGAGACCAAAUACGGGAGCAAACAAGCUCCGAUCGGCGACGACAACUACCUGCACCUGGCGGGCGCGGGCGGCAACAUGGAGCCGCUGGCGUGGCGCCCCCUGCGGCCCGAGGCGGCGCUGGACCUGGACGGGCGGCCGCUCGCGCGCGCCGACAGCGCCGAGUCUCUGCGCCGCGGCGACUCGCGCGGCUCCGGCCGCUCCGCCGGCUCCGGCUACCUCGCCAUGUCCUGCCUCAAGCACGAGCCCGACGAGCCGCCCGCGCGCCCGCCGCGCCCCUCCCCGCCCGCCGAGUACGUCAGCGUCACCCCGCGCCGCCCCGACCUGCUCUGCAAGGAGUACGAGCUCAUGGCCGACUUCCGCUCGUGCGCCUCGCCCCUCGCCCCCGCCGCCGCGCCGCCCGCCGUGCCGCCCCGCGCGCCGCGCCCCCGCGCCGACGACGCGCUGCUGGACGAGCUGCGGCGCGACGCGUGCUGCGUGCUGCAGGUGCGCGAGGACGGCGACCCCCCCGCGCCCCCCGCGCCGCCGCCCCCCGCCCUCACCUCCUCCACCUCCGCGCCCAGCGUCGCCGACGCCGGCUCGCACGCGCGCACCGUCGCCGAGCGACUCACGCCCUUCUUCCUCAAGAAGAAACCCAAGUCCGUCGACGAGAAGGACACGAAAAGCGCAAAGAAGGAGGAGAAUCUGAUCGGGCGGCUCACGCCGAGGUUCAGCCAGUCGCGGCUGUACUCGCGCGGGCAGUCGCUGGAGCUGGCGGGGGCGGGGGCGGGCGGCGCGGGGGGCGGGGGGCGCCUGUCCCGCUCCGCCACCACGGCCAGCGUGCCGCCCAGGAACAUCAACUCGUCCAUCGUGGCCAACCUCAAGUUCCUGAGCCUACACCGCUACGGCGCGGGGGACGACGUGCAGUGCCGGCGCUUCGUGCAGACGCCGGAGGAGCCGCCCCCCGCCCCCGCCGCCCCCGCGCCCGCGCCCGACCCCGCGCCGCCCUGCCGCGAGCCGCUCGGCUGUCUGCGAGCCGCCACGCCCAAUGAUAUUAGACUAUAAUAUACGACUUCUCCUUACCCAAGUAAUAAAUCCUCUCAUUAAAUGUAAAUCUGACUAGACAGUAGCGGACUAGCGUCAGCGCUCGAUGUAAAUGUACUAGCUGGUAAAAGUAUAUUUAUUUUUUGUGUUAGUGUAGAAGUGGAGUAGGAAGCUGUCGCGAGGUCAGCUCUAGUGUAAUACUCAACGCGUGCCGAGGCUCAUUCCCUUUGCACUUAUUUACUAAAUUCUAAUCUACAAGACUUUGCAAUUAUUUGUUCAAGUAUUCGUCGAAUAAUCGAUUUUAAGUACCUACGUACAUAUACAUCUUAAAUGGUUUCUAUUACUGAUAUUGUUCUUACUCAAACAAUGUUUUCUCAAUAAUAAACUUCAGUAAAUUAUACCUUUAUAUUAGUGUAAUUUACACUAUUUUAUAAUGUAUGUGUUGUGAUAGAAUGUAUUUUGUAGAAAAAUAUCUUUUUAUAAUUGUUGUUAUUAGCUAAAAUAUAUUGUAAAAUAUAAGUUAAUCAUAGUAAAAAAUUGCGACACCAUUUUAAGAGGUGAUGUAAUGCUAAACACAAGUAUAUUUUUCUGAGUAACGUUAUACAGCUUCUGUAGAUAGUAUGUUAUUGAUGAAUAGCGAGUCCACCGGUGAAACUAAUUCUGAUCUCCAUGACCUUCUCUUCAACUUUAUAAACUUUUAACGAUUUGAAAGUACUUAAAAAUUAUGAAAACGGUUUGAUUUGUAAAUUUAUAAUAAUGUACUUGGUCAGACAUAGGCCUAGUACUGGUGCCUAAUUCGAUGGCCUUCUAUUUUAAAAUACGCUUUAUAACAGCGAACUGUGAUGGUCAAAAUGUAUGAUCCAGAAAUCUAAUUUAUCAAAUAAAUAUUUUGGUACUAAAGCUGCUUCGGCACUUAGCUCAAUUUUGAGAGCAUCUAGUAUAGUGUAUAAUAUCAUGUAACAGUGAAAAUAACAAUAAUUUCAUCUUGGUAAAAACCUUAUUAACUCAAGUUUGUAAUAAGUUUUAUAACACUUCAUUCUCGUCCUGAAGUAAGUAUUUAAGAAUUUGAUUUAACAUGUAAGAGGAAUAAAAUAAUGUACAAAUUAAUUAUUUCUAAAGUACCUAUAUAAUGUUAUUUAUUUCACCUAUUUUCAAUUUUGUUAAAUAAAACUUCACAUGUUCAAUUCUUAAAAGUCUUAUACUCAUUUUAUUUUAAAGUAUUCCUACGGACGAAACCACAAUACACUG